UUCCAGUUCCUUUCCCCAGGUUUCAAAUUCAUUUCUUCUUUGUUCUCUUUGUUAGGGUUAAAUAUUCUGCUUUAGUUGUUUCUUUGUUCUCGAAUCAGAGCCAAACCCAAGAUAAUUUUCACUGGAACCAACAGCUGUGAACAAACUAGCUGCGCAUAGAAGGGGAACAACAUGCCUUGGUUUAGUCACUCAGCUGAUGUGUACUGCAAAGUUGUGCGCUUAAAUUUAUAUUGCAGGGUUAUUUUAUAAGUCGUUUCCUCUUUAAAGAUACCUUAAUUUUCAUAACACCCAUCCAUUUGCUUUUUUGUUCAACUUUCCAUGGGAUCCACUUGUUUCUUUUCUGUCUUUUAUUGUGAUCAUUAUAGGGUUAGUUAAGAUUGAAAGUUAAAAACUAGUCUCCAGUCAAGCUCCCUCUUCUAGUUUCUGUUGUUGCUUGAUCUUCUCUAGAAGUUAGAUAUAUCCUUGGUUUUUAUACCUGAAUUAGCUUUUGGUUGGAUUUUAUAUUUUGGGCAUUUGUUUGUGUCUUAUCCCAUACACUGUGAGCCAAGGGUCAAAAGAAGUUAUGGUGUGCCAGGCAGCCAGUAAGACAAGAUUUCGAGCCUUGAAAUAUGAGAAUGGGAUUGCUGGAAAACCAACAAUUGUAGUUAGAGUAAUUGCAUGCUUUCAACCAAUGGAGGAUUGCCAGGCUGAGUACUUUCGCCAUUUGCUUAAACCUGUCACGUAGAUUUGUUCCAAGUUUUCGUUAUAGUAUCAAGCAAGAGUUCUUAGUUAUUUGUUUAGAUAUUUGUUCAUCAAAGAAGUGUUAAAUAAUUUAAAAUUCAGGAUCAAGCAUCUUCAACCUCUUGGUAUUCCCUUGGUGGGAUGGUUGAGGCCAACAAUACUUGCCUUUUACCUCAGCACUCUAAUUGGAAAUUGCAGAGAUUGAAUUUUAAGAGUGCCCAGUCAGAGGACAGGCACGUAGAAUGUUUGCCUGCAUGUAUAAAUCCUGAAACUCAAAUGUUUCCUGUGACUAUUCCAAUUCCAGUGCCUGCCGCUCCUGGUGUAAAUCCUGACACUUGCAUGGUUUCCACAAAUGUUGCAAUUGCAAGGGCUGCUAUUCCUGGAAUAUCUGGUUCAAAGAAGCAAAUGUAUGAAGUUGAUGGGUUGCUUCAACAGUUGCCUCCCUCAACUUCUUUUUGUCAUGCUGAGCCGUGCCUCAAAGGAAAGCAAUCCAUCUUUGCUUUUCAACACAAUGUGAAGGAUACAUCAAAUCCAAUGCACAGGCCUUUGCAUAAUGGUUUUAUAAUUUUUGAUCGGUCAGGAAAUCAGACACGCAUGGUUUAUAGCUCUGUCCAGCCUCUUGCCCAGCAAGCAACUACUGCUGUUGCAGAACUAGCUUCUGAUGCUAAUUUACAUGAACGUUGGGCAGUUAAAAGGGAUCCUCCAUUGAAGUCCAUUUUACAGGAAAACUCUGGUGAGAACUAUGAAAGCGCUGACCAGAGUGAGAUGCAUGAAGACACUGAAGAAAUCAACGCAUUACUUUACUCAGAUGAAGAGUCUGUUUAUGAUGAUGACGAAGUAAUCAGCACUGAUCACUCUCCAGUAGCAACCAAAGGAAAAUAUCAGAUGCCAAAACGCAUUGAGGAUGUGAUUGAGGAGGUUGUUAGCUCUGAUGGUCCAUACAAAAGGCAGAGAUUGCUGAAUGGUGGAUACAACAUAUCUUCAGUGAUGGAUAUUGCAUGUUCAGUUAAAUUAGAUGCCUCCAAUGAAUAUAACAGUGACAGAGAAUCAGGCUAUGCCAUUGGACAGAAUCAAACAUUGGAUACACCUUCUGUUUUUUGUGACAAACUGGCCAGGAAGGAUAAGAUUCGCAUGACAUUGAAAAUACUUGAGAGCAUAAUACCCGGUGCGAAAGUUAAGGACCCAUUGUUAGUCCUUGAUGAAGCUAUAGACUACUUGAAGUCCUUGAAACAUGGCAUGAUGGCUUUAGGAGUGAACCACUAUUAAUUUGCUCUUCCUUGUGAUGCAGUAAUUUAGCACGGAUGAUCCAAGAAUUCAUAUCUUGAAUGAUUGAUGAAUUUGAAAUCACUACACUACAUUGGCUUUUGCUUGGUGGGCUCCUCCCUUUGUCAUCUUUUAUCUGAAGAGCUGUUUUCUGCACAUUAAUGGGCAGCUGAAGGAAAAAUUGGAUGAAUGAAGAUUGGUUUUGUUUGGUGACUAGAAAUGAUGCUCUUUUAGCUUUUUGGUGUGGUUUAUUAGGAAAAGGUAACAGAUUUUGAACGCAUGGGGGAGAGGAUGCUAUGGUAGUGCUGGUCUGUGCUGUAAAAUGGAAUGAAGCUCCCUCUUUUCCUCGACAAGCUCCAUUGGAUUAGUGUGGCAUGCGUGUUAGGUAACUUGGGUCCCAUUUCCCACCCCCCCUCCUUCCUUCACUUUUGAUUUCAUGCUUUUGUCCUCUCCUUUUUACUCUCAGUGUACAUCAUGCUGGGUAGUAAUCUCCAUAAAGCAUGAGGAAAAAGUUUACAGGGGAUGUGCAUAUGUGGAUGGGAAGCUUUUCGCUUCAUCCUUUUAUCAAAUCAUGUAGUAAAAGUUGGUUUGUUUUCACACGGGUGUUGUUUCCUACUAUGGUAUUCUUGUACAGCUUGAGUGAUUAUAAAGUUUGUAAGAGUUGAUGUUGUAGUUUGUUCUGUUCAUGUACCAAUAAUUGAAGUAUGGACUCUGCUCAUGUAUUGUGUGGAAUUUACCUGGUGUCUACUCUAUCUAUUUACAUCCAGCUGUGUGAUUAUAAAGGCUAAAGAGUAGU